AUGGCACCGAUUCCCCUCCCUGGCUUCGUCUCCUUCACCAAGACCUGGCACAGCGAGCCAUACCCAUUUAUCUCACCAUUACGACCUGAACUCUCAGCAGCCGGAAAGAAUAUCGUCAUUACAGGCGGCGGCUCAGGUAUUGGCCAAUCUAUCGGCAUAGCCUUUGCCCAAGCCGGAGCAGCGUCUGUCGCCAUUAUCGGCCGAAGACUUGGCCGCCUCGAAAUUGCGGCAAAAGCGAUCCGAGCUGCGAAUGGAUCGACAAAGGUUCUUUAUGAGGCCGGGGAUGUUACUAAACAGGAGUCUAUCCAGAAAGCUCUACAGAAAAUCGUCCAGAAAGUAGGCAAGAUUGACAUCUUCUGCGCCAACGCUGGUAUACUACCCACGGAAGGUCUGGUCUCUGGCUAUGAUGAAGCAGAACUUCGACGAGGUCUAAUGACCAAUGUCAUUGGCUCCUUCAACUCACUUCAAGCAUUUCUUCCUCUAGCAGCACCUAGAGCUAAGCUGUUCUACACCGGAUCUGGGAUAGGCCAUUGGAAGCCCAUGACAGAAGUCCCUGGCGUCUUUGGUUACGCGGCUGCAAAGGCCGCAGCGCAGAAAAUGGUCGACUACUUCGCUUCUGAGAAUCCGCACAUUCACGUCGUGAGCAUUCAGCCAGGUAUCAUCGCCACGGGGAUCAAUCCAGAUCUCACAAUUGGGUUCGACAAAGUUGAAUUGCCUGCACACUUCAUGGUUUGGCUUGCAUCGGAAGAAGCCAAGUUCUUGAAGGGAAAAUUUGUAUGGGUAAAUUGGGAUGCGGAAGAGCUGUCGGCUAGAGCAGAUGAGAUUCAGAAUUCUAUGCUUCUGGAGGACUACUAUUCCUCGGGCUUGGUCGCAUAUACCGACCAACCACCAAAGGAUUAG